GUCUCAGCGGGACCGGAGGCGGCCACUGCUUGAACCCGGGCCGAGGGGCCUGGGGCCGUCUUCCUGCCGCUUCCCGACAACUCGGCGUCCUUUGGCCGCUCGGGGGGGAGUGGGGCGGCGGUGCCCCCUCCCCGGGCAGGGCCUGUGGGCCGCGCCCCGCCGCCGCCACCCCUCCCCCCGGCCGGCCGGCCUCCCCGGGCCGCACCCCGCCUCCCCUCCCUCCGCAGCGUAGCCCAGCCGAGCCGUGAGAAGGGGAAUGGGCGGUCCCGGCCCUUAGCCCCCGGCUGCGGCUGCCGCUCCUCCUCCUGGGUCCCAGCGUCUCGGUGGCCUCCGCCCGAUGCUGGCGGAGCUGGCUGGGGUCUCCGCGGUGUUGUGAGCGUUACGGCCGUCCCGCAGCCGCCAUGUCCGGCGUGGUGCGUACCCUGAGCCGCUGCUUGCUGCCGGCCGAGGCCACGGGCCGCGCCGGGGAGCAGCCGCGGAGGGAGGGCAAGGAGCGGAGCCGCGAUGCGGAGCGGGAGGCGCGACGGCGGAGCCGGGAGAUCGACGCGAUGCUGGCCCGGGAGAGGCGGGCUGUCCGCCGCCUGGUCAAGAUCCUGCUGCUGGGCGCCGGCGAGAGUGGCAAGUCCACUUUCCUCAAGCAGAUGCGGAUCAUCCACGGCCGCGAGUUCGACCAGAAGGCGCUGCUGGAGUUCCGGGCCACCAUCUACGAGAACAUCCUCAAGGGCUGCAGGGUUCUGGUUGAUGCACGGGACAAACUGGGGAUCCCUUGGCAAUACACCGAGAAUGAGAAGCAUGGGAUGUUUUUGAUGGCUUUUGAAAACAAAGCUGGAAUGCCCAUAGAGCCUGCCACCUUCCAGCUGUAUGUGCCUGCGCUGGGAGCACUGUGGAGGGAUUCGGGAAUCAAGGAAGCCUUCAGCCGCCGCAGCGAGUAUCAGCUGGGUGAAUCGGUGAAAUACUUCCUGGAUAACCUGGAUCGGAUCGGUCAGCUGAAUUACUUCCCCAGCAAGCAAGAUAUUUUGCUGGCUAGAAAAGCCACCAAGGGGAUAGUAGAGCACGAUUUCAUCAUUAAAAAAAUACCUUUCAAGAUGGUGGAUGUAGGUGGACAGAGAUCUCAGCGUCAGAAGUGGUUCCAGUGCUUCGAUGGGAUAACUUCCAUUUUGUUCAUGGUCUCUUCCAGCGAAUACGAUCAGGUCCUCAUGGAAGACAGGCGCACAAACAGACUUGUGGAAUCCAUGAAUAUCUUUGAGACAAUAGUCAAUAACAAGCUUUUCUUUAAUGUUUCUAUUAUCCUAUUCCUCAACAAGAUGGAUCUUCUGGUAGAGAAGGUAAAGACUGUCAGCAUUAAGAAGUAUUUCUCGGACUUCAAAGGCGACCCUCACAGGCUAGAUGAUGUGCAGCGUUACCUGGUGCAGUGCUUUGACAGAAAGAGGAGGAACCGUAGUAAGCCUCUCUUCCAUCACUUCACCACUGCCAUAGACACUGAAAACAUCCGCUUCGUGUUUCACGCCGUGAAGGACACCAUCCUUCAAGAGAACCUGAAGGAUAUUAUGUUGCAGUGAAGGAGAGCAGCCCAUGUUCUGUUAAAAUUUGCUGGAGGGUUAGAUCAAAGUUUUUGUCCUUUCUUUAUGGCCCUUGCAUGUGGUGUAGGACCCAUGCUAAUUACUUGGCUCAGGAGUGCUGUAAACUAGCCAGUCCAAACAGAGGAGCUGUAGGCCGAAGGAGUCAAAUGUGGAUGUUAGCUACUGAAUCAUUUGGACUAGAAACACUACUGAAACGUGGCCGUGGUAGGUUCUGAAUGACACAACCACCUUCUGCCUUCUUAGGAAACAAAAAAAUCUCUGACAGACCAUGUGUGGAAGACGUGUUGUUUUAAAUGAAUAUGCUCAUUUUUCAGAGACACUAGUUGUACAAACUGCCUUUUUUUGUAGUUUGGAGGUGCUGAAUUGAUCAAACUAAUCCAACAGUAUGAAGUUGGCAGCUGUGUUAGAGAACGUUAAUGGAAGUUCCAAUAUUAACCCUUAGGUCUAAGCAGAUCUUGUGUGCAUGUUCAGCUUUACCAAGGGUCUGGAAUCCACUUAGCAAGGUGGAUGCACAGCUCUUGUCUGAAGGUUUUGUUUGAGUCUCCUGAGGCAAAAGUCCAAAACUGUGUAAGGAAAUCCAUGCUGGAGUAACUUGGAUGGGAAGUUGAGGCCUCACUGAGAUGGAGAAGGGUUCAUUUUGCACUAUAUGAAGGGGUGUUACAUCCCAGGAAAACUGAUUUCCUUGGUGAAGCAGCCUGUGCUAGAGCACAGUGGGUGCUCAAGAGAGAUGUACUUUGUGGAAACUCAGCACUGUUCUCACACCCACAGCUGGCAGCAUUUGUGAAGGUUCAGUGUCUCGCAUGACAGGGCUCUAUCUAUCUUCAAAAGCUGGAAAGCUGAUUAAACUCUUAAGCAAAGGGUUUGGUAGUACAGCAGCUGCUUGAUUAGUUCCCAACAGCUGACCUUAUAGGAAGACUGAACACCCUAGAGAUCCCAGUUUUACAGCUGCACUGAUGUAUUUGGACAGCAAGACCUUGCUGUAUAAUUAGCCUUUAAUCUGUGUCUUAAUGGGGUCUUUAGCCUGUAGUAAUGCACAUAGAACUCUGGGUACAGUCAAGUUUGAAGUUGCUCAUUUUGGGGCAGUGGGUUGUGUGUAAAACUGCAAGAGGCUAUGAGAAAUGCUGAUAUGAACUGUUCCAUUUCCUAGCUCUGUCUGUAACUAACUGUCAGGUGCCUUUUUGUGGUAUACAGACAUAUCAGAUCUUUUCUACUGCAGUGGGGUACAUGGACAAACUGAAGCUCUGCCUUUUCUAUCAGCAUUGUAGUGCUAUCUUCUAGGUAACUUUUGAACAUGAUCUACUGUGCAAUUUUUGUCACAGUUUUUAUCCAAGAAUAAAACCUGAAGGGCUGUUCCUACCUAUAAAGAGUCAGCAGAUUCCCUGGAGUAGUUCUUCUCCCCUUUGAUCCUGUAAUGGCAAAUGUCAAAACAAGCAACAUUUGACUUCAGCUGGUAACCCCAUGGGAAAUGCGGUCAGAAAAAAGCCCUGUUCCGUUGUCCUUUCAUGUUAAUUUGGAUAAAAUCUGGAAUCUUUCUUCCCCUCUGAAGCUUGCAGAUGUUCAUAUCAGUAUUUUUGUGUCAUUUCCUAAUGUAGCAGUCUCUUGGCUUUCAUUGUGCAGGCUUCAGAGUGGCAAGGAUGCAGCCAUUUCAGUGCUGCGUAACACGCUCAGUAGUGAGGUAAGGAGCAACUGAAAAGUUACAGAUGGGGGGAAUCUAACUUAAAUUCGAGCAAACUUAAACAGGAAUUAGCUUCCUUGUACAAGUCUUACUUUUGCCAGGACCAACUGUGUCUUUUAAAUAUUUAUUCAUUUUUAACCUUGAAGAGGAAGAAUGCUAUGUGACUCAAACGUUCAGAUGGGAGAGAAACGCUUAGGAUUAUUACGUUGGAGAAGAAAAUGUUUCAGCAGAGCGAUGCAAACGCAUUCACUCAUCAGGUUUGUUUUUCUUAGCUGGACCCACUUGUUGGGCUGAAGAUUAAGACUAUUUUCAAAGCUUUCAGAUAUUCUUGGAGUUCUUUGUAGUGGUUUCCACUUCACACAAGAGUGGGAAAGGGGAGGCAGUUGGGCUGACCUGACUCCUAGGUUGACUUGGCUUUAUUUCCUAGCUUGCUGUGAGCUUUGUUCUUUCACUGCAUUUUCUAGAUGGGUUAAUACUGUGCUUGUUUUCCCAAAUGAGUUAAACAUUCCCUUUCAACUGUAAUUUUUUAUUCUCUCUCAAGAAUUACCUCAGUUUUAUGUCUGAAUCUACUGUAGUUUUACCUGGGAGGCAUGGAAUUUCCUGUUCUGUUUUUCUCUUCGUGCUCAUCCAUGGGUUCGUAGCCUUAGUUACCUUACGGAUCUAAAACUCUUCAACAGAGCUAGUGAUGCAACUUUCACUUAAGCUGCACCUGGAAAAGAAACAGCACGAGGUAUCUCAUAUUGAGCUCUCAAGCUUUUUUUUCUUGUUGUAUGAUACAGCAGUUUUGCACACUAAAUCAGUUUUAUGGAACCAGUUUGAUCACCUCUAGCCCAUUCUUGCCUUUCUUACGAAUUAAAUAGGCCUAAGCGUGACGCUGUAGACUGCAGAUGAAAAUCAGUAGCUUGGCUCUGUAGGCUCUGUCUUCUGUCAGACUGACACUGAUGAUUCACCCCAGGAACCCAAUAUCAGCAAACUCUUCUUGCAGUCAGGCACUUCUUAAGUUUGCAGAGGAUCUGGCCUGUGAGUAAAAAGGGCUUUGG